AUGACGAUCUUCUUAGACUUGGCAAAAGCGUUUGAUAUUGUAGAUCAUUCGGAGCUUUUAAAAACUUUACCAAAUUUUGGCGUUGUUUCAUCAAGUUUGGAUUGGUUUAGGAGUUAUUUAGAUAACAUAACGCAAAAGAUUAAAAUUGAUGGAAUUAUUGGGAAUGAAAUGCUCAUAAAUUACGGUGUUCUGCAAGAUAGUGUUUUAGGUUCAAUUUUUUUCAUCCUGUACAAAGAUAGUAUUUCUAGUUUAGAUAUUAAAGGGCUAAUCUUCACUUAUGCUGAUGAGAUGUGUCAACUUUUUCAAGAGACACCUAGAAUGAAGUGCGUUUGA